AUGGAGAAUGAUGAUGAAGCAGCAAUAGAAGGAAUCGUCCAGAUAAAAACUCAUAAAUUGGUGGAACUUUUUGAGAAAGAACUUGUCGACUGUGAUGCAUUGAGUAGUGGAUGUACUACUGGUAGAGUAACAUAUGCAUUUCAAUAUCUAAUGAAAAAUGGAGUAAGUGCUGAAAAAGAUUACGUAUACAAAGGUCAAGCUGCUAAAUGUGGUACUAAAGCAGCAAUAGAAGGAAUCGUCGACUGCGGUGCAUUGAGUAGUGGAUGUACUACUGGUAGUAUAACAUACACAUUUCAAUAUGUAAUGAAAAAUGGAGUAAGUGCUGAAAAAGAUUAUGUAUACAAAGGUCAAGCUGGUAAAUGCGAUAGCAAAGGUAAACCCCAUUCUGCAAAAAUAAAAGGCUAUCAAAAAGUAGGAGAUGGGGAACAAAAUCUUCUAGAAGUAGUGGCACAACAACUGAUUACGUUUGGUUUCCUUUUUGGGCAGAUUUUUAAAAGUUACAAACGUGGCAUAUUUGGUAACCUACCGAUUAAGGAAACGAUGGAUAUUUCUCAUGGAGUUAGUUUAAUUGGUUAUGGUGGGGAGGGUGAAGAUUCAUAUUGA